AUGCUCCUGUAUUCAUGCUUCUGCGGCUGCGAUCAAGUAGAAAGCUUGUACCUGCCUACCGAAGUCUGCGUGAAGGGGGAGGAGGUCGCCUUGCUCUUACCAAAAUCUACGCCAGAGAGCGAGGCUUAUGUGUCAGCGACCUUUGAGGGAGUUGAUGAUCGGUCGCAGGCCACGUUUCUGUGCGCAGAUGGGACCUUCUACUGGCUCACCGUGGAGGACAUGUGCGAUGGCGAGGUUUGCUUUGUGGCACCGAGCUUCCUGGUUGGCCACUGCUGCGUGGAUCUGGAUGACCUGCUGGACAUGGACUCUGACUGCAAUGCCUCUGCUUGGCAGAAGUCGUUCAAUACGGAGGUUUGGGAGUGGCUCCGAAGCUCCAGGAUCAUGUAA